AUGUAUACCUUUAAUUUUUAUUUAAGUCAUGUAGAGUAAGAAAUUCUUAAUAAUUUGAAAAAUUCAGAAGUAAACAAUAUUCAUUAUUUACACUACAUAAUGGAAAUUUAUAUUGUUAAUCAAUAAAUCUUAUUUAAUAUUAUCAAUAGAAAACUUACUCAUAUGGGUUGUCAUAUUAGAAAAUAAGAGAAGCCAAUUAUCCUGGAGUCAGAGGUAAAAAACAAAGAAUAUAUAUAUCAAUUGAAAAAUUAAGGAGCAAGAAAAAUGUUAAUCUACUAAUGGGGGGAAAUUAAUUUAUAGUCAAUAGGUAUGUCCUUGAAUGUAUAAGUUAGUUAAUAGUACCAUUAUGAGAAGAAGAAGCACCACUUAAACAAAUACAUGUAAUAGCUGAAGAGGUUCCAAACUUUAUCUAUGAGUUUAUACUUAUGUUAUUUUAUUUGGAAUUAUAUGCAUUUAUUCAUAAAUCUAAAUAAUGCCCUGAAAGAAAAGAUUUUAGUUGUGAACUUUCUUCAUUAACCUGUUUAGAACACUAAAUUAUAAAUUAAUGAAAGGGAAUAUACUAUAAUUUUUGAGAAUUAAGAGUUAUAGUGA